CGAGAGGCCAGAUCUCGCGAGGUCUGCUCUGUCUCGCGAUCUCUGGGUUGAGCCUGCCGCUGCCUUGGCUACGGGGCCCUUCAGGUGGCGGCGUUCGUCGUCGGGCUACGGAGGCCGGGUUGCCGACUGCGUUAGACUUGUGGACCGCAGCAGCAGCUCUUGACUCAGUCAUCACUCUGUCAAGCCCUGGGAUUGAAAGUAUUUCAGAAGCUCACGGAGUAAUAUGAGUCAGAGUAAUAUAGGAUCUGCAGGAAGUCCCUCAAGAUAGUUGGAAAAGAAGAACUUAUAGACUCUUCAUCAAGAUCUUCAUUUAUACAGCUGUUAAAUCCAAGGCUACAGUAGUGGUGAAACCAUGAAUAAAAAUACAUCUGCUGUAGUAUCAUCCAGUCUACUUGAAAAGGAUCCUGCCUUUCAAAUGAUUACAGUUACCAAGGAAACAGGCCUUGGUCUGAAGAUCCUAGGAGGAAUUAAUCGGAAUGAAGGUCCCUUGGUAUAUAUUCAGAAAAUCAUUCCUGGAGGAGACUGUUAUAAGGAUGGACGUUUGAAGCCAGGAGAUCAACUUGUCUCAGUAAACAAGGAGUCUAUGAUUGGUGUAUCAUUUGAAGAGGCAAAAAGCAUAAUUACCAGAGCCAAGCUGAGGUCAGAAUCUGCUUGGGAGAUAGCAUUCAUAAGACAGAAAUCUGACAGCAGUCAUUUAGAAAAUCCAUCGUGUUCAUCCCUCUUACAAGCUACAGGAGAAUAUGGACCUCAAGACUCAAAAUUUAGUCUUCUUUCUUCUCCCCCUGAAAUACUAAUUCCAAAGACCUCAUCCACUCCCAAAUCUAUAGAUGCUGUUCUACCUCCUUUUAAGAUAAACCAGGUAAAAACUGGAUACAAGAAAACAGAACAGAUUCCAAUUACUUCUUUGGACAACAGCCCUACAUAUAUAUCUAAUACAGAUAUUGCCCCUGCCUGGACUGAUAAUUAUGGACCACAAGGAAAGAAGAUUUCCCUAAAUCCCUCUGUUCGCCUUAAGGUAGAGAAACUGGAAAUGGCUCUAAAUUAUCUCGGUAUUCAGCCCACAAAGGAACAACACCAAGCCCUGAGGCAGCAAGUGCAAGUAGACCCAAGGGGGACAGUGUCUUUUGGAGAUUUUGUCCAGGUUGCCAGAAACUUGUUUUGCUUGCAGUUGGAUGAAGCAAAUGUUGGCACACAUGAAAUUUCUAACAUAUUAGAUUCACAGCUUCUUUCCCGUGAUUCCUUAGAAGCAGAUGAAAUGGAAAGGCUUAAGCAUGAAAGGAAUGAUGCCUUGGAAAAAGUGAAUACACUCAAGGAAAAAUUAUUUGAAUCGGAAAGUCAAAGGAAAAAGUUGACAGAAGAACUCCAGAAUGUGAAACAAGAAGCCAAAGCUGUGGUUGAAGAAACAAGAGCCCUGCGAAGUCGGCUUCAUCUUGCCGAAGCUGCACAGAAGCAGGCACAUGGAAUGGAAAUGGAUUAUGAAGAAGUGAUCCGUCUGUUAGAGGCCGAGAUUACAGAGCUGAAGGCUCAGCUUGCUGAUUAUUCUGACCAAAAUAAAGAAAGUGUUCAGGAGUUAAGAAAGAGAAUUACAGUACUUGACUGCCAAUUGCGAAAAUCAGAAAUGGCACGAAAAACUUUUGAGGCAUCCACUGAAAAGCUUCUUCAUUUUGUAGAGGCUAUUCAAGAAUUGUUUUCUGAUAAUUCUGUUCCUUUGUCAAAUUUAAGUGAAAGAAGAGCUAUGUUAGCUUCCCAGACGUCCCUCACACCACUGGGAAGGAAUGGACGUAACAUCCCAGCAACACUGGCACUUGAGUCUAAGGAACUUGUUAAAUCUGUUCGUGCCAUACUUGAUAUGGAUUGUCUACCUUACGGAUGGGAGGAAGCUUACACAGCAGAUGGAAUCAAGUACUUCAUCAAUCACGUAACACAGACUACAUCGUGGAUGCAUCCCGUGAUGAGCGCACUGAACCUAUCCUGCUCAGAGGAGAAUGAAGACGAUUGCUCCAGAGAACUUCCUGACCAGAAGAAUUGAUGGUUUUCUGUGGGAGGCUGUGCUCCAUGGUCUUCUGGCAUCUCCAUCUAUGUGGAUGACUCUGAGAUGCAGCAUCUAAAAUAGGAGUAAAAAAUACACACCACUUAGUGAAGUUGUGAAAUGGAGACUCUGGGUUUAAGCUAUUUUUGUAGAACUUUUUGAUAUAACUGUAUACAUUUACAAAAUUUAUUGCCACUAUAGUUGUUCUUUAAGAAUAAUCUAGUCAUGUUUUUGAAAUCAUAUGUAAUUAGAUUUUAUAAUAUGUAUAAUUUUUCAUAUGUAAUUAUGUAAUUUUAUAUUUAGUUCUCAGUUCUGAUAGAA